CCUGAGUUCCCUUUGAGUUAAAAUUACCAAAUUCUAGCUUGAUGACGAGCUUGGUUACCGAGAAUCUAUUAUCUUCCCUAUCAUUCUUCCCGUUCAUGUAUAACUCUGAAGCUAUUAUACUUAGGAGUUUUCUUCUCUACUUGCAGAGUUGCAGUAGUUAGCUAAACUUGCAGACAUUAAUCCCUAAGUGCAUGGCAUAGAAGCGUCGUUCCAGGCUCCAUUGCGACGAAGACGGCCCCCGACCCUCUACCAUCGUUCCUAUUUCCUACCUCAUCAGUGGUGUAUCCUCCCCCGCCAAGCGUUGCUCCCCAACCGCCAGUCUGUCGCCUCUCUUCCCCUCUAUUCAGAUACCAAGGUCUAAGGGUAACACCAAGGUCUAGGAAUUGAGGUGUGAUGGAACAGAAUUCACAAUUCCAUGAUCAUGAAUUGGAGAAUGAAGAGUAUGUACUGAUGGAUCUCGAUGAUGUCUUUGACCAAAUAUCACUUCCCACAAAUGCCCCCUAUGUCCUAUCGGGUCUUGAUACUGUGAACCCCAUUCUGAACAUUGACGGAAAAAUCAAGCUGGAUCUGUUAACGAAGCAGACUAUUGGUAAAGGACAUGAGUCAGCUGGUCUUUAUAUUUUGGAUACAUCAAUCACAAAAGGUAUCUCUUGUCUUGGGGUUGGGACUUUGUUAGAUGCUCAUUACCGAUUAGGACAUCCAUCUCUCCCAUUAAUGAAGCAAAUAAAUCCCAAAUUUAAUAAGAUGACCUCUUUACAAUGUGAGUCAUGUCAAUUUGCGAGACACCAUCGUACUAGCUUGAGCCCUCGAGUUAAUAAACGAGCAAAUGCUCCAUUUGACCUUGUUCACUCUGAUGUUUGGGGUGUUUGCCCGGUUGUGUCUAAAGCUGGUUUUAAAUAUUUUGUUACCUUUGUUGAUGACUAUUCUCGUAUGACAUGGUUGUAUUUCAUGAAACGUCGAUCUGAGUUGUUCACUCAUUUUUCUUCCUUUUAUGCUGAAAUUAAAACUCAGUUUAACGUUCCUGUUCGGGUGUUAAGAGGAGACAAUGCCCAAGAAUAUCUAUCUGCUACAUUUAAGUCAUUUAUGCUUCAACAUGGCAUUAUUCAUCAAACUUCAUGCGUUGACACACCUCCUCAAAAUGGAGUUGCAGAACGAAAGAACCGACAUCUGUUAGAAACUGCAAGGGCUCUUCUAUUCCAAAUGAAUGUGCCUAAACAGUUUUGGGCAGAUGCCGUGUCUACUGCAUGUUUUUUGAUAAAUCGAAUGCCAUCUUCUGUUUUGAAUGGUAAAGCUCCUUAUCAUUGUCUAUUUCCAAACAAAGAGCUUUUUCCUAUCCCACCUAAAAUAUUUUGUUGCACUUGUUUUGUUAGAGAUGUUAAUCCUCAUCUUACAAAGUUAGAUCCCAAAUCAUUAAAAUGUAUUUUCUUGGGAUAUUCUCGAGUCCAAAAGGGGUAUAGAUGUUUUUGUCCGAGUACUGGUCGGUAUCUUGUUUCUAUUGAUGCAUCAUUUCAUGAAAAUACACCUUUUUCAUCAUCUAAGGCAGAUAUUCAUGAGAGCAAUGAUGAUAUACUCAUUUACACGAUGACUAUUCCCGAGUCCACACUUUCGACAAAUAUUCCACAAGUUACUGUUCCUGACCCUAGGCCUCCCGUACAUUUGGUAUACACCCGUCGACACAAAGCACCUGAUCACCCUCCACCGGCGAUACUUGUGAUUACUUAUCCUGAUACUAGUUCGACUCCGAUCUCAUGUCCUGAACCAGUACCUGCAUCCUCAGAUCUUGUCUCCACAUCAGAUCUUGACCUCCCAAUCGCACUACGUAAAGGUACACGAUCUUGUACUCAUCCUAUUUCUUCAUUUGUGUCGUACAAUCAGUUAUCUCCUGCUUCAUGUUCUUUUAUUGCUUCCAUUGAUUCUAUUUCUGUUCCCAAAUCUGUAAAAGAAGCUUUGUCUCAUCCUGAAUGGCGUCAUGCCAUGGUAGAGGAAAUGAAUGCUUUAGAUCUUAAUGGUACUUGGGAUUUGGUUGACUUGCCUACAGGGAAGAAAUCUAUUGGAUGUAAGUGGGUCUUUGCUAUUAAGGUUAACCCAGACGGAUCUGUUGCUCGGUUGAAAGCCCGAUUAGUUGCGAAGGGUUAUGCUCAAACCUAUGGUGUUGAUUAUUCUGACACUUUUUCUCCUGUUGCUAAAUUAACAUCUGUCAGGUUACUUAUUUCACUCGCUGCAACUCAUGAUUGGCACUUACAUCAGUUGGACAUUAAAAAUGCAUUUUUGCAUGGUGACCUUAAGGAAGAAGUCUAUAUUGAGCAACCUCCGGGAUUUGUUGCUCAGGGGGAGUAUGGUAAAGUUUGUCGACUUCGCAAAUCUCUUUAUGGUCUGAAACAGAGUCCUCGUGCAUGGUUUGGGAAAUUCAGUCAAUCAAUUGAACAAUUUGGAAUGAUAAAAGGCAAAUCAGAUCACUCUGUCUUUUACAAACAAACAGAAUCAGGUGUCACGUUGCUUGUGGUGUAUGUUGAUGAUAUUGUGAUUACAGGGAGUGAUAAUGCAGGUAUUUUGGCCCUUAAGAAUUUUCUGCAUAGUCAAUUCCAGACGAAGGAUCUUGGCUCUUUGAAAUACUUUCUGGGAAUUGAGGUAACACGAAGUAAGAAAGGCAUAUUUCUAUCUCAACGUAAAUAUGUACUUGACUUACUAGCUGAGACAGGUAAAUUAGGGGCAAAACCAAGUACAACACCGAUGGUUCCCAACGUGCAACUCACUCAAGAAGGCACACCGUUUGAAGACCCAGAAAGAUAUAGAAGACUGGUUGGAAAGCUUAAUUAUCUCGCAGUCACUCGUCCAGAUAUUGCCUAUUCUGUGAGUGUAGUGAGUCAAUACAUGUCAUCUCCAACCAUUGAUCAUUGGGCUGCAGUAGAACACAUAUUAUGUUACUUAAAGGGUGCACCAGGACGAGGUAUUGUUUAUCAAAACCAUGAUCACAUGAGAAUAGAAUGUUUUGCAGAUGCUGAUUGGGCCGGUUCUAAAGAUGAUCGAAGAUCUACAUCUGGUUAUUGUAUCUUUGUUGGUGGUAAUCUUGUAUCUUGGAAGAGUAAGAAGCAGAAUGUGGUUUCUCGUUCGAGUGCCGAAUCAGAAUAUCGAGCUAUGGCACAAUCUGCAUGUGAGAUCAUAUGGAUAAUCCAUUUAUUGACCGAGCUCGGACUGAAGACAUCAAUGCCUGCUAAAUUGUGGUGUGAUAACCAAGCUGCUAUACACAUAGCAAACAAUCCUGUAUUUCAUGAGAGAACAAAACAUAUUGAGGUCGAUUGUCAUUUUAUUCGAGAGAAGAUACAAAAAGGAUUGAUCUCUACAGGAUAUGUGAAGACUGGGGAACAACUUGGAGAUCUGUUAACUAAAGCACUAAAUGGAAUUCGAGUUGGUUAUUUAUGUAACAAGUUGGGCAUGAUAAAUAUCUAUGCUCCAACUUGAGGGGGAGUGUGAAAGUAUAUUAAAAUAUACUUUAGAAUAUGCUUUAGAAUAUAUUAGGAAUAUACCAUAUAUAGUAUUAUUGUAUAGCAUCUUGUAUAGGAAUAUUCUAUCUUUGUAAUCUAUAUUUAUAGGGCCUUACCCUUCAAUGAAAGAUACAGAAAAUCCUUUCCUCUCCAAUAUUAUUUCUUAGUUUAUGUGUUAUAUUUCAACAAUUAGAUAGUAUGUAGUUGAAAUAUAAUUCUCUAAUCUUACAUUCCCUUUUAUUUGGUGUUACUUUUCACAGGUAGGAGAAUAUGUGGAGACUAUUGGGACUUGCCUUGUUUUUAGUGGAAGCGAUACCUCUCCAGUGGUUCAUGAAGAGACCGGGCCAUCUGAAGCUAACCUUUUGUCAAGGAAAUGCACAGGAGAUCCUAAGCAAACAACAAGUAAGCAAGUAAAGCCAAUUACCCAGUUUCAUAAGAUUCUCAAGUUCAGAUUAUUGCUGGAAGGUGAAAAUGAAGAAAUGGUUAAAGCAGCAAGCACAUAACUGUAUAUAAUAUACUCCACUUCAUAAUUUACUCGGGGUAUUGAAGUGCGCAAAACUAUCUUUUGUACACCACUCCUCCCCUACUUGUUUGACAACCAGACUGUUUGGUCCUACCCAAACUGGGUGUCCAGACAUCACAUUCCUGAACUGACUAUGGUCUUGGUUCAAGCUUUUAGAGGAUCCCGGUUUCGAUGAGGCCCAUGCCUUGAGUGUUCUAACCCAAGAGGUAAUACAAACUGGUCCUCGGGCACACUUUAGCCCCUGACUAUUGUGUAUUUGUGCUACUUGAGCAUGGAGGACAUAUCUAUCAUUGGGAUUGCAGAGUGAGUCUUAAUUUUAUGGGAAGAUAUAUUUAUGAAUCAUCCCUGUAAUUUUAGCAGUAGCCUUCACUAGAUUAAAUCUCAAGACAUAGAGUAGCUCACAAUAGAAUGAUGUAGGCAUGGGCCGGUUCCGGGCCGGGCCGGUCCAAACCGGGCUUUUAUUUUUUGGGGGCGGGACCGGCCUGGUUUGCAACCGCCAACCGGGUCCGGGCCGGUCUCGGGCCGUUUUUUUUUUUUUUUUGCUUUUCUAAUUAACACCUGACCCCCCCUCACCCCCCACCCGCCAAACCCUCCCAAAACACCUAGCCCAACCCGGGAAAAACAAAAAAAUGAAAAAAAAAAAGGGCCCAAACGGGCCGGUUCCAAAGGAAGGGUGGUCCCGGAUCCGGACUGCUCUAACACACCGGGCUGGUCCUAGGCCCGGUUCCCAGGCCGGUUUACCGUGCCAGUCCGGGCCCGCACAGUGGCGGGUCGGGUCGGUUCCCAGGCCAGGCUGACUGGAACCGGUCCAUGCCUAGAAUGAUAACAGGUAGACUAGGCUUGUUUUUUACGAAGAAGUUGAUAAUUUUUUAGAGGAAAAAAUAAUUAAAAUACCUCAAACUUUGAAGGGGUGUGAGAUAAACACCCCAAACUUUCAUAUGUGAUUUAAAUACCCCAAACUUUAUAUAAAAAGUUAUUUUAACACCAUGUUCAUGUAUCCUUUGUUUCAAAAAUUUAAAUUUAUGAUGUUAAUUGCAUAAUUUAAAUUAGCGAAUUCAAAAUAUUGCAAUUAUAUAGAGUGGGGGUAGUAAUAUUUAUUUUACAAUGGAAGUUUAGAAUGUUAAUUGUAUCUUCAUGAAUGCUAAAAUAUUUUAAAUUAUGAAAUAAACAUAAAAAAGUAACAUUUUUGAAAAAGAUAUAUAUGACCAAGGUACUAAAAUAACUUUUAAUAUAAAGUUUGGGGUAUUUAAAUUACAUGUGCAAGUUUGGGGUGUUUACCUCACACCCCUUCAAAGUUUGGGGUAUUUAAAUUAUUUUCCCCUUUUUAGAAAGAUUAAACUUUGUAAAGAAAAUAAGAAAUGAAAUUUGGCAAUGUAAGGUUGGCCGAGUAAAGAGCGAAGAACUGAAGGCCUGAAGGGCAUGUGUGGAAAGUAGUUGUUCAACCUUGAAAAUUUGGAAGUACGAAUGUACGAUUACAUUAAAUGUUGGACGCGGAUAAAAUAUACACCCUCCGUCCCAAAAUUAUCUUCAUAGUUACUAUUCACAUGAUCAAUUCAAAUUAAUCUUAAUCUUUUACUUUGUAUAUCAAAUUUUUAUCAAACGUAAAUUUUCUUUGUUAGGCUUUGUAGUAGUUUUAAUGUAGUUUCUGAAUAUGUAAAUUUUAUUUACUAAAAAUAAUCUGACUGUGAACAGGGAUCGAGUUGUUUUAUCGUCAGUCAAGCAUCGUAAAUCGAACUAUGAAGAUAAAUAUGGGACGGAGGUAGUAAUAAUAUACGGAGUAUAUAAGUAUUUACAAUUUUUCACAUCAAAGUUAAUUAAUGUUUGUGCACAAAGAUGGAUUUUUAAAUCAUAGAUAGUGACAUCUCUGUAAAAAACAUGCAAACCGAUUUCUUUGCAUAAGUAUUUUUGUAUGUGUUCAGUGUUAUAACUCUAUAAACAUGUACUGGGUUUUUGAAAUUUAUUUUCUUCACCCAAAUAAACUCUAAAUAUUUAUUAUAACACAUACUCCUCCGUCCGGGAAACAAGUUCUCACUUUCUUUAUUUGGAUGUCCCAAAAUAAACUUCUCAUUUCCUUAUUUGGCAAAUUAUUUACAUCAAAACAGUGUCAAACAGUUCAAAACAGUGUCGAAACAAUGUCAAAACAGUAAAAUUUAUCUCUCAGUAACUUUAUUUCCUUAAAAUGUAAGAAAGUCAACUCGGAAACUUGUUUCCGGGACGGAGGGAGUAUAUUUUAGAAACUACACAUACAAUAAAUUUGUGACUUUUUAUCUACAAUUUGAUUUCCAACGACUCUCCAUCUAUGAUCUUGGGAGAUGAUGAUAAGAUGGAAGAUGACAAAAAUGAUGGGAUGAAUAUUAUGAAAGGUGAUGAAGAGGAUUUGUAUGGUGAACUGGUGAAGGGAAGAAAGGAAAGAUACAAGGAAAUGAGAGAGUGGCCGAGGAAAAUGGAAAUUUUUUGAAGUUUAUAAAGUUGUAUAAGUUCUGUAUACAAAUAAUUUCUCUAUGACUGAAUAAUUUUUUCAACAACCCAUUUUUUAUGUCUUAAAAAUUUUGUCAAUUUUUCUUUUAAUCAAUCAACUAGUGGUUUAUAUUAUUUCUUUUUUCUAUGUACAAAUUUCAAUUGUAUUAUUUUGAGAUUGAAAGACUCUUCCAAAUAUUGAUCCUCUGUCUUGGAAUGAGUGAUAUUAAUCAAUAGAUGACAACUUUUAAUUUAAUAUAAACAUUUCGCACACAUUUAUAUGUAAUGGUCUGUGCACAUAGAUAAUGUUGUACGUAUUGCCUAUGCACAAAGGCAAUUAGGGAUGUACAUAUAUCUGUGUGCACAGACAAUUACUUAAAAAUGUGUGCGAAAUGUGUACAUAUUUCUUGUGCAAAUACUCCCUCUGUCCCACAAAUUUCUACACACUUAUCAUUUUGGGAUAUCAUUUUCAUUUACCCCAGUGCCGCAAAGGCUCCCACCUAAGGUGCGGUAAGGGUGGGUCGGAUGUACGCAGUCUUGCCCCUGUACUAAAGCACAGAAAGACUGUUUCCGGAUGACCCAUGGUGAAAAUUGCAUCCAAAAUUGCAUGGACUGACUGCUGCUUCAUAACAAAGAAGCGCAUACAGUUUAGUGAGCCAUUUUGCUUUAUUCCAUCAUAUUCUCAAGCCCAAAAAUAAUGCAUCUUUGGCUCCAUUGCAAAUGAUGGAAACCACUUAUCAUUUUGGGAUGCCCCAAAUUUUUUUUCUGAUUUUCCUUUUUGGAAAGUUUUGUGUGGAAAACAUUCAUUUACCAUUUUCUUACUCAAUUACAAUCAUAUAUUUUCACUUAUUCUUACUUUUUUAAUAAGCGUGCCAAGUCAAAAUGAGAUUUAUAUUUUGGGAUGGAGGGAGUAUAAUGUUUCUUUUUUUUUUUUACCUCAGGGGGGUCUGGGGGAGGGGAGCUGGGGGGAAGCCUGGAGUAAUCAGGUCUGAAACUCACUCCAUUAAGUUUCAAACCCUUGUGUGCCUAGCGGGUUUCGAACUCGAGACCUCCCACUAGGCACGGUAACCUCACAACCAGCUGGGCUGGAAUGCUUGGUUGAAUAUAAUGUUUCUUUUAAUUUACAAAAAUGAAAGAAAAUCUUACCUCCCAGGUCACUCGUCAUUUAAUCUCUUAACAUUUGUGCAGCUCCAACAUAAUUAUUGAUCACAUGAUUAAGCUAGUAAUAAUGGCAUAACCCUAGGUUAAUAUUAUUUUCUUUCCGUUGUCUCAUCAUUUCUUUUCGAUCUGUCCCACUAAUAUUGUCCUACAUAAAAUUUGAUAAAUUUUAUUUGAUUCUAAAUCAACUUUAUUCUUAUUUAUCAAUUCAAUUCUAAUCAAUUAUACUCAUUUUUCUUAAUAAUAAGGGGCCGUUUGUUAUGAUGUAAAGUAAACACUUUGCGUGUAAACUGUGGGGAUGUAAACAUUUUACACUGUUAUGUAAGGUCAUCUGUUUUUUAUGACCUGCAAACGGAAUUAUCUUCAGCGUGUUUUGCAUGUCGUGUGUUACAUGUUGAUGGUCGUGAUGGUGUUUUUGACUAUCAGAUUUCUGACGACAACAGGAAUUUGGAGUUUAAAGUUCAUUUUGAAAUGUCUGAUAUGAAGGCGGAGUGCAGUUGUAAAUUCUUCCAGCGGAUUGGUUUGGUUUGUCGUCACAUCUUUCUUGUCUUAAAGGACGCGAAAGUUGAACAGAUUCCAGAACAUUUUGUUAAUACAUGUUGGUGUAAGAAGGGUUUAAUCAAACCGUUGUCCUAAAUCUCUGAUUAUGUAUUCAGCAAAGCGUCACGCUAGAGCAGAAUAAGAUGUGUGUGAACUCUUUAUGGUCUGAUAUAUAUGCAUGCAUGACUCUUGUUGAAAAUAACCCAAGUUACUUGCAGCAGUUUUCAGGCAUUAUUAAAGAUCAAAAAGAGACUCUUCUUUCCCUUUCGAGUGGGGUUGCACAGUCAUCAACAAAGCAGUCGGUAUUUGAGUCCUUUUAUGGUUCCGCUGCGCCUUCUGUCGUCACAGUUCAUCCUCCAAAACAAGCCAGAAAUAAAGGUUCAGGAGGUAGAAUCAAGUCUCCCAAAGAGGUUUCUAUCCAAGAAUCUAAACGUCCUAAGAGACUUUGUUGUUCGUGCAAUGAGAUAUGCCAUCAUGAUAGCCGGAAUUGUCCGUUGAAUAAAUAGCUAGGAUUGUUUAAGAUCGUGGUUUUUAUUGAUUAAUGGAUUAUCUUUGUUUUUUUACCCCGGUGGAUGUAAACUGUUGACAAAUUAUUUUUCAUGAUUUUUUUUAUAAAGUAUCCACCUCGUUAAUAUCUUUACUGCUUUAUACACAAUAUUUGUAUGCAUAUUUCUAUUCACUUAUGUGCACCUUGUAUUUCUA